GAAAGCUCUUUGGUAGUGACCUGUUGGCGGACUCCCAGGAGAUGCCCCUCGGGAAUCAGUUCGCAUUUCUGGAGACCCUUGGCCAGGGCAGCUUUGCCAAGGUGAAGCUGGCCUGGCACUUUCCAACGUGCACGGAAGUGGCAGUGAAGAUUAUGGAGAAAGAAGACUCCGAGAGCACCGCCUUCACUCUGCAGACCCUCUACAAUGAGGCUGCCAUCAUGAUGAGUUUACAACAUCCGAACGUCCUGCGGAUGGUGGAGAUGGUGGACACCGACCACGCGCUGUACCUGGUCAUGGAGUAUGCCCGUGGGGGGUCUCUCCAGGACCACCUCACACUUAAUGGUCCCCUGGGGGAGGAGGAGGCCCGGGGAAUCUUCCUACAGGUGGCGGAGGCGCUGCAGUACUGCCACAGGCAGGGAGUGGCGCACAGAGACCUGAAGCCGGCCAACAUCCUGGGGAACGGUAGGGGCGCUGUCAAGUUGGCUGACUUCGGCCUCAGCGUAAGGUUCUCCACUGGCCUCGAUAUGGAAGUCCUGUGCGGCACGCCCGCUUUCUUGGCCCCAGAACUAUUCCUGCAGGAGGACUCUGACGACCGCGCGGUGGAUAUCUGGGCCCCCGCCCUGGAUAUCUGGGCCUUCGGCGUCAGUCUCUACAACGCGCUCACCGACCUCUACCCUUUUGGUGGGGAAACACUGAAGGAGCUCAGGCAGCAGAUCCUGGCGUGCCAGUUUGCAAUCCCGUCUUACCUGUCAGCUCAGGUAAGAGAUCUGCUCGCCAACAUCCUAAAACAGGACCCCAGACACAGGCUCACUCUGCAGCAAAUAAUACAACACCCCUGGUUUGACACGGAUGUGUCGGUGGCCUUCCUGUCCCCUAACCUCCCACCGCACCUGCCUGUGCACGACUCAAGGGAUCAGGAAGCCAGCGGAGAAGGCCCCGCCCGCCCAGCCUCCCUGCCUCCCACGUUGCUUGAUGGUCCUGAGGCCAAGAUCCCCACUCGGCGUCUAGCCUGGCAGCCUGCCCAAUUCUAUGGCAGCCAGGAGGGGAAGAUCCCCCCUCUCCGCCCCGCCUCGGGGAUUGCGAGAUUCCUCCGCACACCCCCAGAGAAGAGGCCCCCUCCACCACCAGUUUCACAGGACAGAUUCAGCCUCGGUCCACGGGGGACCACCCCACCUCCGCGCUCGGCCUCCCAGCCUGCCUGUGGCCACCGCUCCAGACCGCAGGGCAAGUCCCAGGCUCCCAGUCCGGCCCCCUCAAGUCCGGCCGCUGAGGCUCAACCUGGAGCCUCCGCCUGCACCCCUGGCACCAGCAGCCCUGGUGGACAUCCCCAGGGACCUGAGGGCUCCCAACACACAGCCUCUGCCAGUCCCAAGGACCAGGGCUGCCAGGGAUUGGCCAGGAAGUUCAUCAGCUGUCUGAGAGAAAACUGCUGCAUCCAGGUCCCCAAGAGCAGGCCCAGCCGAGUGGCUCCAGCUCCGGCAAAGGCAUCCAACAGGGACUGCAAGAACGCCCUGAGGUCCACCAGGCUGUGAGAGACUAACCAGCUUCGACUACUCCAGGCGGGAGCUGGGCAAGGCCUUGGACACUGGAGGAUGGAGUGCGCUGACCACAUCGCCGCCAGGAGCAGACCUCGCAGGAGUGGCCUUGGAAAUCACCUCUACAGCAACCUGACAGGACAGUCUGGAGCCAGCCUGGGACAGCAGGGCUCCUAGCCCACGCCUGGGGCAACAUGAGAAUGGACUUUUUCCUGCCCACUU